AUGGGCCACCAAAAUAUGCUUCACAACAUCAACCGCACGCUGCGGGUAACACUUGUGGACGGCAGAGAGAUGACGGGGAAGAUGCUCCUCUUUGAUAAGUUCAUGAAUGUUGUGUUGGCUGACACGGUGGAGACUCGUAAAGAGACAAAAAAGAUGAAAGAUGCAGGUAUCAGCCCACAACGUAAAUUAGGCAUGAUUUUACUACGUGGUGAAUAUGUUGUGGCUGUCUCCGUUCUGAAGGAUAACGUCAGCGAAGAUAAGGCACAACCAGCAAACUUUGAGAGCGCAACUCGGGAGAAGUUAGCUGGAGCCAAGCGGAAACGCGAUUGA